CUCCCCCUGUGGUGGCCAGGUGGCGUCAUGGCGUCCCGGCUGCUGGACCGUCUGAAGCGCUCGUUGUUUAAAGAUGGUCAGGGGACGGGACCCGAACAGGAAGCAGCAGGCGGACAGGAAGAGGAGGAGUUUAAGGAGGACCAGUGGGAGGCAGAGCUGGAGGAGGAGGAGGAGUGUGUGACUGAUCGUCUGGGGGGGACGCUGUGCUUCGACAGCGGAGGAGGAGCCGAGGAUGGAGCCGAGGGUGAGGGGUCGGGGCUGGACAGCGACUCCGACUUCCUGGGAGAGUCGAUGGAGGAGGGGCUCAGCAGCACAGACACCAGUCCAGUGGGCGUGUCUCCGGUUGGCCCCUCCGCUUCCUUCCUGCUGACUCGGCAGCUUCAGGAGAGCUGGAGGACCCUGCGUGGACUCGGGGGAGGAAGUCCCACCUCGGCUGGGAGGACGCCGACGGACAACCUGCUGUUUGAGGUGACCGACGCCAGCGUGGUGCAGGACGGCUCCUCUAAAUACGUGCUGUACACCAUCCAUGUGAUCCAGUCUGGCGGCAGCGAUAAGACUCCAGCCAUCAUCACACGCCGAUAUUCCGACUUCCAGCGGCUCCACGCCACGCUGCGCCGUAACCAUGGAGAUCAGAUGGAGCGCGUCUGUUUCCCACGGAAGAAGCUGCGCAGAAACUUCACGGCGGAGACGAUCGCCAAGCGGAGCCGAGCAUUCGAGCAGUAUCUGUCUCACCUGUGUUCGCUGACAGCCCUGCGGGGGGCGCUGUGCGUCCGACAGUUCUUCUACCUGAGCGACCUGCAGACCGGACAGCUGCUGAUCAGGUAACUGACACGCCGACAUUCAACAGGAUGGCAGUUUUUCAGGAAUCC